CCGCGCCAUGGCCCGCCUGUGGCCGCUGCUGCUGCUCCUGGUGGUGGCCGCGCGCGCCCGGCCCGGCGCCGACGGGACGUGCCCCGAACGCGCGCUGGAGAGGCGGGAGGAGGAGGCGAACGUGGUGCUCACCGGCACCGUGGAGGAGAUCCUCAACGUGGACCCGGUGCAGCACACGUACUCGUGCAAGGUUCGGGUCUGGCGGUACUUGAAGGGCAAAGAUGUGGUGGCCCAGGAGAGCCUGCUGGACGGAGGCAACAAGGUGGUGAUUGGUGGCUUCGGAGACCCCCUCAUCUGUGACAACCAGGUGUCCACUGGGGACACCAGGAUCUUCUUUGUGAACCCUGCCCCGCCGUACCUGUGGCCGGCCCACAAGAACGAGCUGAUGCUCAACUCCAGCCUCAUGCGCAUCACCCUGCGGAACCUGGAGGAGGUGGAGCACUGCGUGGAAGACAAACCCGGGACCCACUUCACGCCAGUGCCCCCAACGCCUCCGGAUGCGUGCCGAGGAAUGCUGUGUGGCUUUGGCGCCGUCUGCGAGCCCAGCGCGGAGGAGCCGGGCCGAGCCUCCUGCGUGUGCAAGAAGAGCGCCUGCCCCAGCGUGGUGGCGCCCGUGUGCGGCUCAGAUGCCUCCACCUACAGCAACGAGUGCGAGUUGCAGCGGGCGCAGUGCAGCCAGCAGAGGCGCAUCCGCCUGCUGCGCCGGGGGCCCUGCGGGACCAGGGACCCCUGCUCCAAUGUAACCUGCAGCUUUGGCAGCACCUGUGCGCGCUCUGCAGAUGGACUGACAGCCACGUGCCUGUGCCCUGCCACGUGCCUGGGGGCCCCCGAGGGCCCCGUGUGUGGCAGCGACGGCACUGACUACCCCAGCGAGUGCCAGCUCUUGCGCCAAGCCUGCGCCCACCAGGAAAACGUGUUCAAGAAGUUCGACGGCCCUUGUGACCCCUGCCAGGGCGCCCUCAACGACCUGAGCCUCAUCUGCCGUGUGGACCCACGCACGCGGCGCCCCGAGAUGCUCCUGCGGCCAGAGAACUGCCCUCCGAGGCAGGCGCCCGUGUGUGGGGACGAUGGGGUUACCUAUGGUAACGACUGCAUCAUGGGCCGAACCGGGGCCACCCGAGGCCUCCUCCUCCAGAAAGUGCGCUCUGGCCAGUGCCAGCCUCGAGACCAGUGCCCAGAGGCGUGCAAGUUCAGUGCCGUGUGUCUGUCCCGCCGAGGCCGCCCCCGCUGUUCCUGCGACCGUGUCGUCUGCGAUGGGGCCUACAAACCCGUGUGCGCCCACGACGGGCACACAUACGACAGUGACUGCUGGCGCCAGCAGGCCGAGUGUCAGCAGCAGCGCAGCAUCCCCGCCAGACACCAGGGCCCGUGUGACCAGCCCCCGUCCCCAUGCCGCGGGGUGCAGUGUCCAUUCGGGGCGAUGUGUGCUGUGAAGAAUGGGGAGGCCGAGUGUGCGUGUCAGCAAGCGUGUUCAGGCAUCUACGACCCCGUGUGUGGCGGCGAUGGCGUCACGUACGGCAGCACGUGCGAGCUGGAGGCUACGGCCUGCGCCCUUGGGCGGGAAAUCCGAGUGGCUCGCCGAGGACCCUGUGACCGCUGUGGGCAGUGCCGCUUUGGAGCCCUGUGCGAGGCUGAGACCGGGCGCUGCGUGUGCCCCUCCGAGUGCGUGGCCUCGGCCCAGCCCGUGUGCGGCUCUGACGGGCGCACGUAUGCCAGCGAGUGUGAAUUGCACGUGCACGCCUGCACACGCCAGAUCAGCCUGCACGUGGCCUCGGCUGGACCCUGCCAGACCUGCGGAGACACGGUGUGCGCCUUCGGGGCCGUGUGCUCAGCGGGGCGGUGUGUGUGUCCCCGGUGUGAGCGCCCUCCGCCCGGCCCCGUGUGUGGCAGCGACGGCGUGACCUACCGCAGUUCCUGCGAGCUCCGCGAGGCGGCCUGCCAGCAGCAGACGCAGAUAGAGGAGGCCCGGGCGGGGCCGUGUGAGCAGGCCGAGUGUGGCUCGGGAGGCUCGGGCUCUGGAGAGCACGGCGAGUGUGGCCCGGAGCUGUGCCGGCAGCGAGGCGGCAUCUGGGACGAGGACUUGGAGGACGGGCCGUGCAUCUGCGACUUCAGCUGCCAGAGCGUCCUGAGGAGCCCUGUGUGCGGCUCGGAUGGGGCCACCUACCGCACUGAGUGUGAGCUGAAGAAGGCCAGGUGUGAAUCGUGGCCAGAGCUGUACGUCGUGGCCCAAGGAGCCUGCCGUGCCCCCACCUUGGCCCCGCUGCUGCCUGCGGAUGCCCUGCACUGCGCUCAGACCCCCUACGGCUGCUGCCGGGACAACAUCACCGCUGCCCGGGGCGUGGGCCUGGCCGGCUGCCCCAGCUUGUGCCAGUGCAACCCACAUGGCUCCUACAGUGGCACCUGUGACCCGGCCACAGGCCAGUGCUCCUGCCGCCCGGGCGUGGGGGGCCUCAAGUGUGACCGCUGUGAGCCCGGCUUCUGGAACUUCCGUGGUAUUGUCACCGAUGGCCGGAGCGGCUGUACCCCCUGCAGCUGUGACCCCCAGGGGGCCGUGCGGGACGACUGUGAACAGAUGACCGGGCUGUGCUCCUGUAAGCCCGGGGUGGCCGGACCCAAGUGCGGGCAGUGUCCAGACGGCCAUGCCCUGGGCCCUGCUGGCUGUGAGACAGACUCUUCGGCGCCCAAGACCUGUGCUGAGAUGCCUUGUGAGUUUGGGGCGUCCUGCGUGGAGGAGGCUGGCUCUGCCCACUGCGUGUGCCCAACGCCCACCUGUCCAGGGGCCAAUGCUACCAAGGUCUGUGGGUCAGAUGGAGUCACCUAUGGCAAUGAGUGCCAGCUGAGGACCAUCGCCUGCCGCCAGGGCUUGGACAUCUCUAUCCAGAGCCUCGGCCCUUGCCAGGAAGACAUCACUUCCGGCCUCCGUCCGACAUCUGCAUCCGUGGCCACCUCAGGGCUUGACCUGAGCAAGGCACUGCUGCCUCCACCCAGCGCCCUCUCCCUGGCUCCCAGCAGUACCCCUCGACCUGCAUCACAACCUUGGACCACUGCCAGCAUCCCCAGGACCGCUGCAAGGCCCGUGCUGACCAUGCCUCCCACGGCCCCCUCCCUGGCAGCCAGCCUCGCCACACCUGCCUUUGGCGAAUCUGGCAGCGCUGAUGGGAGCGGUGACGAGGAGCUGAGUGGUGACUUGGAGGCCAGUGCGGCUGGCUCAGGAGGACUCGAGCCCCCUGAGAGAGACAGCGCUGGGACCCCCGGGCCACCCAUGGAGAGGGCUUCCUGCUACAACUCACCUAUGGGCUGCUGCUCAGAUGGCAAGACACCCUCACUGGACACAGAGGGCUCCAACUGUCCUGCCACCAAGGUAUUCCAGGGUGUGCUGGAGCUCGAGGGGGUCGAGGGGCAGGAGCUGUUCUACACGCCAGAGAUGGCCGACCCCAAGUCCGAGCUGUUUGGAGAGACCGCCAGGAGCAUCGCGAGCGCGCUGGAUGACCUCUUCCGGAACUCGGACGUUAAGAAGGACUUUCGAAGUGUCCGCCUGCGGGACUUGGGGCCUGGCAACUCCGUCCGAGCCAUUGUGGAUGUGCACUUUGACCCCACCACAGCCUUCAGGGCACCCGAUGUGUGCCAGGCCCUGGUCCGGCAGAUCCAGGCAUCCAGGCGCCGGUCCCUCGGUGUGAGGCGGCCUCUGCAGGAACACGUGCGGUUCAUGGACUUCGACUGGUUUCCUGCAUUCUUCACGGGAGCCACCCCUGCUGCAGCCACAGCCAGAGCCACCACUGUGGCCCGCCUGCCACCUUCAGCUGUGACCCCUCGGGCCCUCUAUCCCACUCACACAAGCCGGCCCGUCAGCAGGACCACAGUGCCCCUCACCACGCGCCGGCCCCCCACCCCUGGCCCUAGCCGUGUGCCUGCACGCCGGCCCCCGCCCCCAGGCACCCAGCAGCCCCCAAGGCCCUGUGACUCCCAGCCCUGCCUCCACGGGGGGACCUGCCAGGACCAGGGCCCGGGUGGAGACUUCACCUGCCGCUGCACAGCGGGCAGGGAGGGCGCUGUCUGCGAGAAGGCACCGCGCCCCUCCGUGCCAGCCUUCGGGGGCCACUCCUUCCUGGCCUUCCCCACCCUCCGUGCCUACCACACCCUGCGCCUGGCGCUUGAAUUCCGGGCGCUGGAGCCCCAGGGUCUGCUGCUCUACAACGGCAAUGCCCGGGGCAAGGACUUCCUGGCACUGGCGCUGCUGGGGGGCCGCGUGCAGCUCAGGUUCGACACAGGUUCGGGGCCCGCGGUGCUGACCAGCUCAGUGCCCGUGCAGCCCGGCCGGUGGCAUCACCUGGAGCUGUCUCGGCACUGGCGCCAGGGCACUCUCUCGGUGGACGGUGAGACCCCUGUCCUGGGCCAGAGCCCCAGUGGCACUGACGGCCUCAACCUGGACAUGGACCUUUUUGUGGGUGGCGUCCCGGAGGACCAGGCUUCCGUGGUGCUCGAGCGGACCUCUGUCGGCGUUGGUCUUAGGGGCUGUAUCCGCCUGCUGGACAUCAACAACCAGAGGCUGGAGCUGAGUGGCUGGCAGGGCUCUGCGACCCGAAGCUCUGGAGUGGGCGAGUGCGGGGACCACCCCUGUGUGCCUGACCCCUGCCUCGGCGGGGCCCCGUGCCAGGCCCUGGAGGCCGGCAUGUUCCACUGUCGGUGCCUACCCGGCCGCUUUGGCCCGACCUGUGCUGACGAGAAGGACCCUUGUCAGCCGAACCCCUGCCACGGGGCAGCCCCCUGCCGCGUGCUGCCCCAGGGCGAGGCCAAGUGCGAGUGCCCCCGGGGCCGGGAGGGCAGCCUCUGCCAGACAGUCUCAGAGCGAGAGGAUAGCCAGCCUUUCCUGGCCGACUUCAACAGCUUCUCCUACCUGGAGCUGAAAGGCCUGCACACCUUUGAGCGGGACCUGGGGGAGAAGAUGGCGCUGGAGGUGGUGUUCCUGGCCCGGGGUCCCAGCGGCCUGCUCCUCUACAACGGGCAGAAGACAGACGGCAAGGGCGACUUUGUGUCGCUGGCACUGCACGACCGUGUCCUGGAGUUCCGCUACGACUUGGGCAAGGGGGCAGCGGUCAUCAGGAGCAAGGAGCCAGUGGCCCUGGGCGCCUGGACCAGGGUGUCCCUGGAGCGAAACGGACGCAAAGGAGCCAUGCGGGUCGACGAUGGGCCCCGUGUGCUGGGGGAGGCCCCGGUGCCGCACACUGUCCUCAACCUGAAGGAGCCGCUCUAUGUGGGGGGGGCCCCUGACUUCAGCAAGCUGGCCCGGGCAGCCGCCGUGUCCUCUGGCUUCGAUGGCGCCAUCCAGCUGGUCUCCCUGAACGGCCGCCAGCUGCUGACCCGGGAGCACGUGGUGCAGGCGGUGGACGUCUCGUCCUUUGCAGACCACCCUUGUACCCAGGCCGAGGGUCACCCUUGCCUCAACGGGGCCUCCUGUCUCCCUCGGGAGGCCUCCUACGAGUGCCUGUGUCCUGGGGGCUUCUCGGGGCUGCACUGCGAGAAGGGCCUGAUUGAGAAGUCGGCCGGGGACCUGGACACGCUGGCCUUUGACGGACGGACCUACAUCGAGUACCUCAACGCCGUGACGGAGAGCGAGAAGGCGCUACGGAGCAACCACUUUGAGCUGAGCCUGCGCACCGAGGCCACGCAGGGGCUGGUGCUGUGGAGUGGCAAAGCCACAGAGCGGGCCGACUACAUCGCACUGGCCAUCGUGGACGGGCGCCUGCAGCUGGCUUACGACCUGGGCUCCCAGCCCGUGGUGCUGCGCUCCAGCGUACCAGUCAGCACCAACCGCUGGUUGCGCGUCAGGGCACACAGACGCCGGCUGGGAACAUGUCCCUCUGGUCUGAGCCUUGGCCGUCCCCUCCAGCAAAGCUUGACCCACAGGGGGUCCCCCUGCCCUUGGCCAUCUGGUGCUCUCCUGGGGGAACAGAGGGAAGGCUCCCUUCAGGUGGGCAAUGAGGCCCCUGUGACUGGUUCCUCCCCACUGGGUGCCACGCAACUGGACACAGAUGGAGCCCUGUGGCUGGGUGGCCUAGAGAAGCUGCCUGUGGGCCAGGCCCUGCCCAAGGCCUACGGCACGGGCUUCGUGGGCUGCCUGCGGGACGUGGUGGUGGGUCGGCGCCCGCUGCACCUGCUGGAGGAUGCCGUCACCAAGCCGGAGCUGCGGCCCUGUCCUGCCCCGUGAGCCACACUGCAGCCACGACCCACCCUGCUGUAAUUAUUUUCUAUUUUUGUAAACUUGUUGCUUUUUUUAUAUGAUUUUCUUGCCUACGUGUCAGCCGGAGGGACUGCUGGCCCGGCCUCCCUCCCGUCCAGGCAGGCGUGCUGCAGAGACAGACUUGGUGCCAAGGGACUCCAAGGGGAUGGGGGAGGAAUGCUGCACAUGGAGGGCUUGGCUCACUCAGCAGCCUUGGGACGUGCCCCUCUGCCUUGGGACACCGUGUCCCGGCCUCUCAGGCUGUGCCACCCCCGAGUAUCCACUUGUGCUAGCCCCCGUGUUCUCCAGCCUGUCAUCAGGCCCUGCAUACACACAUCGCCCAUGUUCCAUCUGGCGAGGCCUGUGUCCCCAGAGCAGGUAGGCACCGUAGGGUUUCGGGGGCCCUUCCUCUGUGCACGCCCCACAGGGCCUCUCUGGGUUCCCAUCUGAGCCGCCCCUCCUCCCUGCCUGUGCUGGGCGGGACCAGCCUCACCAGGGCCCGCCGAGCCCAGGCCUCCUGUGCCAGUCCUGUGAAACAAUGUCACUGUUGAGGCCAUGCUGCGCCCCUCCCUCCAGCUGAGUCCACCUGUCCCAGGGCGCUGGAGAGCAGAGGCCGGGCACAGGCCUGCACCCUGGCCCGCAGCUGGCCCUGCCCAUCCACCCAGCCACCCUGGACAUGGCUGUGUCCCCCCUCCUCCCCACAAGGCCCCACGAGGAGCCCUGAGAGGGCGUGGGGCCACUUGUGAUGUGGUGGACGUCCACUGCCUGCUUGCCUGGCGCGGCCAGCAUCCCCUCUUGAGGAUGCACGUCCAGGCCUGGCCACCAACCGCAAAGUCUUUAUGUACUGAUUUUAUUUGACAGCUGGGGUGGCGGGGCUGUUGUCUUUCCUGUCCUGGCCCGAGGGCAGCUGAGGACACCACACAGCAAACCUGUCCAGUUCUGGUGUGAGGACCGGUUGUCCUUAUCCAGGAGUGACCGGGAGCGGGCCGGGUGUCUAACCAACACCAAGGGGCAGGUGCGGGGUGGCAGAGACAGCUGCAAAGCCAGAGACGCCUUAAACUGCAGUGUUAGGUCUCAUCUGGUCCCGUCCCCCCAGCCGCCCUCAACUGUCCUGGUGGGGGUGGCAGCCCCUCCCCCAGCCCGGCCCAGCUGUCAGGCUCAGAGGCUGCAGGAGCCUCAGAAGUCCUGUUACUAACUCCAGUCUGUGUUUGUGUCAAUCACCGUGAAAUAAAGU